AGAGGGGAUGCAGGGGGACGCAUGCUCAGAGUGAAUGCUGGAGUCUCGCCUGCUUGUUUCAGCCGCUCCACGGGUGAAGAGAAAGCUCAGGCUGGGAAGAGAGCUUGAAUUACUGACGCGAGCGAUGGCGCUGCCGUCUGCCUGGAGUGCAAUGCGCGUGGUGAUCCCGCUCGUCUCGGUGCUGGGCCUGCUAAGCGUGAGGCUUGUGGGGGCCAGCCAGGACUCGGGGAGUGUCAUUCCUGCCGAAAGCCGUCCCUGCGUUGACUGCCAUGCGUUUGAGUUCAUGCAGAGGGCGUUGCAGGAUUUAAAGAAGAUGGCGUAUAAUCUAGACACACGGACAGAAACACUCCUCCUGAAAGCAGAGAAGAGAGGCCUGUGUGACUGCUUUCCUGCAAUGCACUGAAAUGAGUGCUGGGAUUAGGCCAAUGGACAUGUAUUAUGUAUUCAUUUUUAAAACACUGUUGAAUAAAUUACAGGAAGAUACGGAGCGCUGCACAACAAGAAAACAAUUUUUAUCCAAACAGGUACAGCCCAGCUAGGUACUUUUUCCUUUGAUGUGCUUUAUCAGUACUGUAUGUGAUAUUGCGUCUGCUGAAAUGUCAAAAGAAGAAGCAGUGUUAGUGUCUCAUUCCUGGGAUUUGUGUAGGGACAGCAUCUCUCUUUCCUGCUAUCUCAAGCCAAAAAUUGUCCUUAGGCUCUCAGGCCAACCCCUCAGCUUAUGUAAAUUGCCACAGAUCUGUCAAAGUGUAAGUGGAGUCAAAUUCUUUUAAAUAUUUAUGUUACAAGUGUGUCCCUAAAAAGAAAAUGAAGCUGCUUUGCAGUGAUGCUUCACUGUAAAUUUGCAAACAAGCAGUCGUGAUUUUGUGUAGAAAUUAGUAGUUGUCACUGCCUGCCUGGCAGCACACAGAAAGUAUUUGUUCCCAAUUGUAUCAAUAAUCCAGUGCACAGCAAACAGUAAUCUGUACCCAACGUUUGUUUCUUCAGAGCCACACAGUAGCUGUGAUCUUUUUGGAGGGAUUUAUUAAGUAUCUAAUGCGAUCGCUAACGUUUAUAAUCACAUGAAUGCUGCCUGGCAGUAGAACUGAUUGCGUCUGCCAAAAUCUUCUGGAGAAGUGUCUUUCAUUAAGCAAAUCACAGCCUGGGCUGAGCCACGCUCACUGGCCGCUCCAGCAGGUUUGGCAGAACGCCGGCACAACACCCGCGCAGCCAGGAGCCUCCUGCAAACUCUGUGUUUUAAAUAUUUGGGUUCCAGCAAAAUGGUCCACAGCUCUUGCAUGGACUCACGCGGGGAGGAAUUUCGCUCCGCAGUGAUGGGUUACAGCACUGAUGCUAUUAAUAUUCCCUCUGCAGUCAGUGGGAAAUGGGAGGACGCAAUGGUUCAGGCAGUGUAGCACUAGUAGACAAGAUUGCACCUUGUUACACUUUGAAAAACAGUGGCACGUCCUUUCCCCUUGUUUUCCUUUUUAUUUUUCUUCCUUUUUUGG